AUGUUAUAUGAUAAUUUAAAAUAAGUAUUUUGUUAGAAAUCAAAAAAGAAGGAAUGUGUAGAAUAGAUUAGUAAAAUUGUAGCAGAUCUUAAAUUUUUUAAAGAGAAAAGAGAAAUAUUUGAUAGUUUGUUAUAUUAUCAAAUGUUGAAGAAGUUAAAUUUAAUUGAAACAAAAUAAGAAGAAGUUUUAUUUCAUUAUGGUAAGUUAUAUUAUAAUUAUCAAAUAGGAUCUAAUAAUGUUGAGUUGUUUUAUAUUAUAAUGUAAGGAAAAGUUGCAAUUUUAUGUCCGAAAAAUAGGAUGAUAAGUCAUAAAUAGAUUUUAGAUGAAUAUCAUUCUGGUGAUAUUGGAGGAAGUCCAAAAUCUUCAAAUGACUCAUUAAGAGAUAUUAUUAUAUAAUAAGCAUAUUCAAACUUUUUAGGAAUGAAAAAUUUAAAAUAAUUUGAUUAGGAUGCAAUUAUUGAUGAAUAUAAUCAUAAACCAAAUAGCUUUUAAGUUGAUAAAGCAUUAGAUUUAUUAAUUUACAAGAGAUUUCCAAGCUUAAAGAUUGUUAAUAUGUGUCAUUAAGGGGAUUAAUUUGGAGAAAUUGCAUUGAUAGGUCAUGUAAGAAGAACAGCAACAGUUUUAUGUGUUACUGAUUGUUUAUUAUUAACACUAACAAAUAAUGACUUUUAGAAUAUUUUAUAAUAAUAUCAUUCGUAAGUAAGAAAUGAAAAGAUUUAAUUAUUGAGAAAUUAUUCCUUAUUUAGAACAUUAUCUGAUAGUAAAUUAAAAGGAAUGAUUGAACACAUUAUUGUCUAAAAGUUUUCUAUAUUUUCAGUGAUAUAUUAUGAGAAUACAGUACCAGAAUAUAUUUAUUUUAUUAAAUCAGGGGAAGUUGAAUUAGUUAAAGCAGUAAAUAAAACAAAAUAAAUUUCAAUUUCCCUAUUAUAAGUUGGAUGUGUAUUUGGACAUUAAGAUAUUGGAAAUUAAUAACUACGCUAAUAUAGAGCAAUUUCAAAAUCUUGUUAAUGUGAAUUAUAUUUAAUACCAGUUCAAAUCGUCAAACAAUUCGAUUAAAAUAAUUAAAAUCAUUAAGCAGAAAAAGAGUUUCAUCAAUUAAGAUUAAAGAGAUUAUUAAGUGAUCGAAUAUCUCCAAAUGAGAGAAAAAAAUAAAAUCUAUCUCCAUAAUCAAUUGAAGAAAGAUACAAAGGAGAUAAAGAUUACGAAUCUUUUCUAAGUUAUGCUUUUGCCACAAAGAGGUAUAAUCAAUUUAAUAUAGAGUUCUUUCACCAAAACAUAAAAAACUUAUUUCUGAACCAUUUGUUCCUUUUUUUGAAGUGACUCAUUCUAAAUCUAAGAAAUUUAGACAACACACUUCACUCUCAAAAAAUCAAAGUGUUGAAAAAUAAACUACUCAUAAUUUAGAUCAUAUCAAUAAUUCUAAGAAUUAAUUAAUAACAACACAAAUCAACUAUCAUAGACAUCUCUUCAGUCCAAGAACAACUAAAAGACAUUUAGAUACCUUUAUGCCAUUUAAAAGAUUAUGA